UGAAGCUCUUGGAGAAAACACAAAAUGUGCGUUCAUAUGCUGCUCUGAUUUCGGAUGAGAAACAGAUGGUCUGAUUUUUCCUUUUGUAGCUUGACACAUAUGACGUGAAAAUGGACAAAAUUAUUUUUGCUAAACCAACAACAUCACUCAUUUCUGCGCACCUGCACAAUGGCCUCUGGAACAUUGCCUCAACUUCUCCAACUCAAUCCCACUCCGUUUGCUCUUGGUAAUCUCCGCGUGCUGAACAAGCAAGGACACAAACGGAUCCUCUCUCCUUCCCUGUACCAAUCUCGUUGUGUACUGCUAAUACAAUCGUCGCUUAGGAUAAAAUCGAACAGAGUUUCGUGUGCUUAUGUGGCCGGGCCUGCUUCGGACUCGAUCGUGAGCGAGCAUGAACCAAGUAUCGAAGAGCCGAAGCCCCAGAGGCAGAAUUCUCAGCUGGCGAGCUUGAUAAGUUGGGGGCUUUUGUGGAACCUUCUGGCUAAGCACAAAAUGAGGCUAGGCGUCUCUGUCUUAGCUCUGUUCGGUUGCACCGCCUGUACUCUCUCUAUGCCCAUAUUUUCUGGCAGAUUCUUUGAGGUGCUUAUAGGGGCAAGACUCGAUCCUCUUUGGAGGUUGCUUGGUAGGGUUGCGCUUUUGUAUUCACUGGAGCCGGUAUUCACUGUUAUAUAUGUUGUAAACGUGAACAUCAUAUGGGAGAGCGUUAUGUCAAGAGUAAGAGCUCUGAUUUUUAGAAGGGUGUUGAUCCAGAAGAUGGAAUUUUAUGACAGAUACAAGGUUGGUGAGCUUACUGGUUUAUUAACAUCUGAUCUGGGUUCUGUCAAAGACAUUGUGAGUGAAAAUGUUUCCAGGGAUCGUGGAUUCAGGGCCUUUUCUGAGGUCAUUGGCACACUAUGCAUUUUGUUUGCACUAGCCCCUCAACUCGCUCCAAUUCUGGGUCUUCUGAUGCUUACUGUCUCAGUUUUAGUUGCCGCAUACAAGCGUUCAACCAUUCCUGUGUUCAAAGCUCAUGGAUUGGCUCAAGGAUCUAUCUCUGAUUGUGUAACAGAAACAUUUUCUGCCAUCCGUACUGUGAGAUCCUUUAGCGGUGAAAUGCGUCAAAUGUCAAUGUUUAGUACGCAGGUUCUUGCUUACCAAAGUAGUGGCUUAAAGCUUGGGACUUUCAAAUCUAUUAAUGAAUCUUUGACAAGAGGAGCUGUUUAUAUUUCUUUGAUGGUCCUAUAUUGCCUUGGAGGAAGCAAAGUGAAGGCUGGACAGCUCUCUGUUGGAACUAUGGCUUCUUUCAUUGGAUAUACAUUCACAUUAACCUUUGCUGUUCAAGGUUUGGUUAACACAUUUGGAGAUCUUCGAGGGGCUUUUGCUGCUGUGGAGAGGAUAAAUUCUGUUUUAUCAGGAACCAACAUAGAUGAAGCCCUGGCAUAUGGUUUGGAAAGAGAAAUUCAGAAAAAAGUUCAUGAGGAAAACCUUAAAUUGUUCCUAUCCAAUGGUUCUGAUGGACAAGACCAAUUUUUAAGUACUCAUUACAUGCCAGUCCAGAAAUCAGCCAGCAGUGUGUGUAGCCUAGCUUGGUGCAGUGAUGUCUGUCUUAAGGGUAUCUCGAUCUCAGUUCUGGAUAGCUUAUUUGAGACAAUUGAUCUGCAGAGAAUUGCUAUUGCCAGAGCUCUACUGAAGAAUGCACCAAUCUUGAUCCUUGAUGAAGCAACAAGUGCCCUGGAUGCAGUCAGUGAACGCCUCGUACAGGAAGCUCUGAACCAUCUAGUGAACGGCAGGACAACAUUAGUGAUUGCUCAUAGAUUAAGCACAGUUCAGAAUGCUCACCAAAUUGCGGUUUGCUCUGAUGGAAGGAUCGUUGAACUGGGUACCCAUUUUGAUUUGCUAGCUAUGAAGGGUCUGUAUGCUUCACUUGUUGGCACUCAAAGGCUUGCUUUUGAAUGAUUUGAAUUUGAUAGUCAUCCUUGCCGCCUUCAACUCUUAUUCUCGUUCUUCAUCUAGUGAUCCAAUUCAAAUACAAAAAA